UAAUAACAGAAUACACUAGAACCAUUCAGUCAUGAAGGGAAUGGCAAACGCCAAGUUGUCAUUUCAAAGUGUAGCAAACAAGAUCAAGAUGGGCAAGAAGCUAGAAAAGGGACUGAAAGAAAAAAAUGCUUCUGCUGUCAGCCAAGAUGAAGAAAAUCCAAAUAAAACUCCAGAGCCCUACAGUUGUACAGGGAAUUUUCAGGCAGAUUUUACAGAAUUAUGCCGACGCAACAGCAUGACAUAUAUACCACCAAUAAUUCCGAGAGCUCGUCCUCCAACAGUAAUGGGCCAUACAGAAAGUGGAAAACCAGAUAAAGGCAAGGGGAAAGCUCCACAGGCUCCUGUUGAGCCUGAUCCUGAUCCGGAGCAAGAUUUGGAUGGUGAAGGAGUGGAAGCUCCACCAAAGACAUUUACAAUGAAAGACAAAUUUGAAUACUUCAGACCUAGUGUACAAGUAGAAAUGGAAAACUUUGAUAAACCAGACACAGUGACUGAAAUUUACAUUAGAGGUUGGAAAAUAGUUGAACCCAUAAUGGAGAUAUUUAAGCAGUGCUGGCCCAAGAUGGCAAAAUUACAUACCAUCAAUUUGUGGAAUUGUGGGCUGUCAGGGGAAGUAAUUACGAUUCUUGCUUCUACAAUUACAGAGAUACCAGAAAUGAGAAACCUUGUUUUAGACGGUAAUACUGUUGUAGAAGAAAAUUGGCAUGAAUUAAUGGGAGAAGAAAGUCCUAUACAGAAUUUGUCAUUGCGUCACUGUGGGAUUACAGAUAAAGGAGCAGAACAGAUUGGUCAAGCUUUAGGAAGUACAAAGAGAUGUAAUACGAAGCUUAUCUCUCUGAACCUGUCAGGAAAUAGAAUUACAGAUGUUGGUGCUGAACAUCUGGCUUUAGGUUUACGUAUGAACAGAAAUCUAAUGUCUCUGUCAUUAGCAUCCAAUUUCAUUGGAGAUAAAGGUGCUUCUAAAAUUGCAGAGAUUUUAUCACGAUUUCCUCUAACACAUGAAGAAGUGGUAGAAAGAAGAAAACACUUUUCUGAAAAAGAUUUCCCAGAAAGGAAUAAAUCUCCACCAGGAAGUAGGAGAGAUGGUUCCAAAGAUAGACCAGCAAGUGUCAGAAGUCAAUCACAUAUGGAUAAAGAUAAGAAAGGAAGCAAAGCAUCAGCUAAGAAAAAGGAUCCUAAGGGUAAAGAUGCUAAAGAGGAAGAGAAACAUGACAAGACCAAAAAGAAAGAAAAGGAAGACAAGACACUAACAAAGAAAGAAUCACGAGGAACAAAAGGCGAUAAAAGUGGAACUGUCGGAGGUCGCAGUUCAGGAGUUUUCAACAUAAAUAGACCAUUGAUCAUGGCAUCAAUAGCAGCAGAUACUAAAGGUAAUAAGGGUAAAGGUAAAGGUAAAGACAAAACCAAACAAGCUGCACAGGAAGUCGAGGACUUGAGUGGUGGAGAAGUUGUUAAUCCCUUGACUGAUGUAGCAGACUUUAUUGACGGUCAAUUAUGGGUAUCAGGAAACAGAGUCCUUAUUAACUUAAAUUUAUCUCGUAACAAAAUAGCGGAGUCAGGAAUGAAUAAUUUAUUAAAAGCGAUGCAAUACCAGACCACUAUACUAAUGGACAACAAAAGUGGAGGAACAGGGCUAAUGAGAAUAGCAUUAUUAAAAAACAAGAUAUCACCAGAACAUGAUGUUAUGAGAAAGUUAAAUGAUAUUAUGUUACACAAAGAUCCUUAUUACAAACAACCACCACAGACACCUGAUGGACAGUCAACAACAUAAACAGUUGCCAUGGAGAUCAAGUGUGCCAACAUAUGAAGGAUUAUUAUGUACAGCAGUGUGAUAAACUUGUCUACUGUUACAGAUGAUUUGUACAAAUACAUCUAACUAUGAACUUGAACAUGCUUAUGUUGACUUGUACAAUAUUUGUCCAUCUUUAGAAUAUCAAAGCCAUGAACACUGCUGAGAGUAAAUUGUACAUCCGUCCAAACUCUUUACAUGUAAAUUACAAAUAUUACAAACCUUCUUUGUGUAUUGAAUAAUAAUACUCCAAUUCAAAUCUUUAUUAAUAUUUAAUUUUUCAAACUGUUUGUGACUAAAGAAAAAUAUAGAACAUAGAUAAUAAUUGAAUUUCCUUGUCUUUAUAUCUGAUUUUGAGACAACUAAAUAUAAAAAUGAUUUGUUUUGUAAUUUUUUAUUGGGACAAAAUUUAGACUUUAAAAUCUGUGUAAAUUUAAAAAAAUCAGUUUCAGGGAUUUUUGUUAAACUUGGAAGGAACCAAAAUAAGUGUCAUCAUUUUUGAUAAUUAAAAAUAUUUAUGUAGAUUUUUUAACAUUAACGAAAAUUUAAUUGGUCAAUGAUUCUGUUCUCGAUUUUUUUUCUGGAAAUAAAAUAUACAUUUAAGAAAUUUUUAAUGUUUGAAAUCAAUGUUCAAAAAUGAUUUUGUAAAGUACAUAUGUACUGCCAACUGUGAUAUGUUUUAACUAUUUUAUAUUGUAUUUAUUUUUUUUAUGAAAAUUAUACUUUCUUUUUAACUAUGUUGAUGAGUGUAAUAAAAAUAAAUUCAAAAGGA